CCGCCAUAUAUGGAGAGCUGUUGUUACCCGUUCUCCGGUUGAAAAAAGUCAACUCCUAAAAAGAUGGAAUCAAGUACAGGUUAUUACUAUCACUCCUUCCAUUUGGUCCUCCUGCCACGAGGGUGAACUUGAAUUCGCGGGGGUUGCUCCUGGUCUCCCCUCCCCUCCACCGUAUCUUUGACCCCGUGCCCUUAGCCUUAUCCCGGGGACAAGACCGACUUCGGCACCGGCCAACAUUCCCUGUGCGUUGCCUCCGUCGACCAAUCUUUCAAGUGCCGAUUUAUCGCGCUCUGCCGGUCUCGUGUUCCCUGCUGUGCAGUACCUUCAGUCAUCGAUACCGUUCAUCCAUCCGAAUUAUUCGUGUAUUCCUGAGGGUGACAGUGUGCCCGAAUUCGGCAAUAAGAUGUGCGGCAUUCUCGGCCUCAUCCUCGCCGACUCGUUGAGCGUCGAUGCGGCAGUUGACCUCCAUGAGAGUCUGUACUAUCUCCAGCAUCGCGGCCAAGAUGCCUGUGGCGUUGCGACGUGCGCGGCCGGCGGCAGGAUCUUCCAGUGCAAGGGCAACGGCAUGGCGUCCAAGGUCUUUGAGGACGGCAAGCGCGUCGCGGAUCUGCCCGGGUACAUGGGCAUUGCCCAUCUGCGGUAUCCGACGGCAGGGACUAGCUCGAGCGCCGAGAGCCAGCCGUUCUACGUCAAUUCCCCCUACGGCAUCUGCUUCGCGCACAACGGCAACCUGAUCAACGCCCCCGAGCUGCGCAACUUCCUCGACAAGGAGGCCCACCGCCAUGUGAACACCGACUCCGACAGCGAGCUAAUGCUCAAUGUGUUCGCCAAUGCCCUGAACGAGACGGGUAAGGCUCGUGUCAACGUCGACGACAUCUUCAGCUCCCUGGCCCAGACAUACCAGCGCUGUCAGGGCGCCUGGGCCGCUACCGCCAUGGUUGCCGGUUUUGGCAUCCUAGCCUUUCGCGACUCCUUCGGCAUCCGCCCGCUGAUCAUGGGAAGCCGGCCGUCGGCCACUGUCGAGGGAGGGACGGACUACAUGCUGGCCUCGGAGAGUAUUGCCCUCCGGCAGCUGGGGUUCCGGAACUUCCAAGACAUCCUCCCGGGCCAGGCGGUCUUCAUCCAGAAAGGCGGCCAGCCGCAGUUCCACCAAGUCGCCGAGGCCAAGGGCUACUCUCCGGACAUCUUUGAGUAUGUCUACUUUGCGCGGCCGGACACGAUCAUGGACGGCAUCUCUGUCAACAGCAGCAGGCAGAACAUGGGCGCUAAGCUGGCUGACAAGAUGAGAGAGGUUCUCGGCGAGGAGGGUAUCCAGGAGAUCGACGUCAUCAUCCCGGUACCGGAAACCAGCAACACGGCGGCGGCCGUUGUGUCGGAGCGCCUGGGCAAGCCCUUUUCGAACGGUUUCAUCAAGAACCGCUACGUAUACCGUACCUUCAUUUUGCCCGGCCAGAAGGCGCGGCAGAAAAGUGUUCGGCGGAAGCUGAGUGCCAUGGAGUCCGAGUUUGAGGGGCGCGUUGUCUGUCUGGUGGACGACUCGAUUGUCCGGGGCACUACCAGCAGGGAAAUCGUCAGCAUGGCCCGCGAGGCUGGGGCGCGCAAGGUCAUCUUUGCAAGCUGCGCCCCGCCUAUCAAGCACCCUCAUAUCUACGGCAUCGACCUGGCUACCCCUCAGGAACUGAUCGCGCACGAGAAGACCAGGCAAGACAUCGCGCGGCACAUCAACGCCGACGACGUCAUCUAUCAAGACCUCGGUGACCUCAAGGCCGCUUGCAUGGCGGUGGCGCCGGGUGGUAAAGUUAAGGACUUUGAGGUCGGCGUGUUCUGCGGCAAGUACAAGACGGAGGUUCCUGAGGGCUACUUUGAGCACCUCAACGAGAUCCGCGGCAAGAAGCGGAAGAUGGCCGAAGAGGCGGGCACCCAGACCGCGGUUGGCAACGGCGGUGCCGUCAACGUGGCCAAGCGCUCGCUCACGGAUGGGAGCGCAGGGCUCGAAAUCAGGAGCCAGAAUGGUGCCGAUGGCGGCGUGGAGGAUAAAAACGCGGGCAUGGCGAAUCCUAACAACCGGCAGGAUAUCAGCAUCCAUAACCUGGCGAACGAACCGCCCACCCAAUAAGAGGUGUUUGACUACCCAGGGAAGGUGGAUUGGGGUAUUGCACAUAGACAGAUACAGGCCGUGUCCUGAGUAAUCAUGUCUUUCCCAGGACAUGUCGCAUCAUGGCGGGAUUCAUAGCUGGCGGCUGUUUGUGUCAGUUUCGUCGGCAACAUAGACAAGGAUAGUUUAGGGAUGGAGCAAACAUGUAAUCAGGGUUCUCUUGGGAGUCUUGACGUGCUACCACAGUCGUCGUGUAACGCCGGGGGGAUAUUACCUCGCUCCAGUCUCUGGCCCUCUUAGCUGGGAUAUUGAAGCCAUCUACAUCAAGUCCUGUGCCACCCCAGUCACUACA